GAGGGUCUACGCCGAGCGCGCCGCCGGGUCUGGGUGCCAGGAACUUGCCCGACGGCCCCCGACCGCCAUGUCGGCCUUCGACACCAACCCUUUCGCGGACCCAGUGGACGUAAACCCCUUCCAGAAUCCGGCUCUCACUGCCCCUCGCGGUGGGGGGGCGGGGGACUCUCCCUUUAUCAGUGCAAAUGCAGCGACCACGGUGCCCGUCACACAGCCCCCUGGGGCCUCACAGCCAGCAGUUCUGCAGCCAUCGGUGGAUCCAGCCCAGCCGACCCCCCAGCUCCUGCUUAGACAGGCCGGCAGGUUCCUGCCCGCCAGCUUCCUGGCAGGGAGCGAGGUGUCAGAGAGGCAGACGCUGCUAGGAGGAGAUAGUGUUCUCAGAGACAGCUACACGCGAAAGCUUUCGAAGGCUGUGGCCUUGGCAGCCCAGGCAGGCCUGCUUCGGCAGCAGGAGGAGCUGGACAGGAAGGCUGCCGAGCUGGAUCGCAAGGAGCGGGAGCUGCAGAACACAGUGGCCGGCUUGCACGUGAGGGAGAACAACUGGCCGCCCCUGCCCUCCUGGUGCCCCAUCAAGCCCUGCUUCUACCAGGACUUCUCCACCGAGAUCCCCGCCGACUACCAGCGCAUCUGCAAGAUGCUCUACUACCUCUGGAUGCUGCACUCAGUGACGCUGUUCCUGAACCUGCUGGCCUGCUUGGCCCGGUUCACAGCUGACGCUUCCAAGGGAGUGGACUUUGGCCUCUCCAUCUUGUGGUUUCUGCUCUUCACCCCCUGUGCCUUCCUGUGUUGGUACCGGCCCAUCUACAAGGCCUUCAGGUCGGACAACUCUUUCAGCUUCUUCGUGUUCUUCUUUAUAUUUUUCUGUCAAAUAGGGAUCUACAUCAUCCAGCUGGUCGGCCUCCCUGGGCUGGGUAACAGUGGUUGGAUCGCAGCCGUGUCUACACUGAAGCUUGACCCCCUGCCCGUGUCGGUCAUCAUGAUGGUGGUGGCUGGCUUCUUCACCCUCUGCGCUGUGCUCGCCAUCCUGCUUCUGAAGCGGGUGCACUCCCUGUACCGCCGGACGGGGGCCAGCUUUCAGCAGGCCCAGGAGGAGUUUUCCCAGGGCAUCUUCAGCAACAGGACCUUCCGCAGUGCUGCCUCGUCCGCCGCUCGGGGAACCUUCCAGGGGAAUUAGCCCUCCCAGCUCACUCUCCUCCCUCUGCCCCAGCCUCUUCUGCCUGCCUUUGGGAGCCGCAUUUUCCAGGGGUGCCUUAGGUGGUGGUGUGCCCCACCCCCGCACAGACCUGAGGGGAACUGGCCCUGGCUCUUCCGCCUUCCUAGGCAGUCAGUUCUCUCUUCCACCCGAGGGGAGGUGACGGGGAAAGGGACUUAUUUUUACACGAGAAGGAAAAAAAAGGUUUUUCCCUGGUGGUGGUUUGAGAGGGUUCUGUUUUCUCUUUGGAAGCAGUGGACCUAAAUUUACACACAC